GAGGUGACGUGUCUGUGCGCGUUUCAUUGGGUGAAGGCUAGCUCUGCUCUCUUUCCGCAGGUUUGACUUGAGUAACGUUAGCGGUAGAUUCAGCUGCCCGGGGACCGACACAAUGAGAGUUAUAACAGCGAUUUUGGCUCUUUGUCUUAGCCUGUGUGCAGCCGAGACUUGCACAGACCCGGUCAUUUCUCCGUCUUCGUACACGACGACAGACGCGCUCAUCUCCUCCGAGACCGUCUUCAUCGUCGAGUUGAGCCUGGCGUGUGCGAACGGAGCUCAGAGUGUUGCUCUCUAUGCAGACGUCAAUGGCAAACAGUUUCCUGUGACCAGGGGCCAAGAUGUUGGCAAAUACCAGGUCUCAUGGAGUGUCCCUCAUAAGCAGGCCAGCUCAGGCACAUAUCAGGUCAAGUUCUUUGAUGAGGAGUCUUACAGCACUCUAAGAAAGGCUCAAAGAAACAAUGAAGACGUUGAUGCAAUCAAGCCUUUGUUCUCUGUCAAUGUGGAUCACAGGGGUGCAUGGAGUGGUCCCUGGGUGUCUACUGAGGUCUUGGCUGCUCUGAUUGGCAUUGUGGUCUACUACCUGGCCUACAGCACCAAAAGUGCAAUCCAGGCUUGAGAUGAUGAGUCAAGCCACCACGCUGUUCAAACUGGUCUUGAGGAAUUCCCUAUUCUGAUGUUUAAUAUUCAGAUUUAAGUGCCAUGGACAGCUUGGCUAAACCACGAGACCGGUUUGUUGCAGAGCUUGGAGAAAAAUGUCAGUAUGGACAUUAAUUAUAACGGCGGUCAUGUUCAUUUUUUUUCUUUUUUUUAAAUCUCGAAUUUAAGAAAUAAAACUUUUUUCAGUUGUGGUAUUAAUGUUAAACUUCAGAAAGACAACGCCUGAGGUGGUUUACCUGUGACUUACCAUCAUAGUCCAGUUCUCUAUUGUGAAGUGUCCCAAAUAUCAAUGAAAUUCAUUGACUAUGGGAAUAAACAAUUUCCUCAAAGUU